CAUCCAUUUACCGUGAACGUCCACGUUCUAGUAGUCCAAUAAUUGCUCCACAAAGAACGGAGGACACUUUUAGUGUUAUUUUGCAUCUUUUUUUUUUUUAAGACUUGAGAGGAAGUCUGUUUUUCUCUCUUCCGUUCUGCUGUGUUGUCUCGAAUGCCUCAGUCAGUCGUCUAGACGUCUGGACAUGAACCACUUUCAAGAGUCCUGCUUCUCUGUUUUAGGAGUUCUCCUGGUUUUCCUUCUCCGAGGCUCAUGUUCUGAUCCAGAUGCAGAUGUUGUGCAUAAAGCUGUUGGAGACUCACUGGAAUUAAUCGCUGAUUAUCCAAAAGAUGGUCUUGAAGUGCAGUGGAAAUAUAAUGAGACUAUUUUUGCUGAAUAUCGAAAUAGAGAUUUCCAAAAAGUAAACUCUGAAUUAUUUAAUGAAAGGUUAAAGACGUAUAAGGACAAUAUUAGUGUAACAGUAACAAACCUUAGACUUCAGGAUUCUGGAAGAUUCACUAUUACUGCAGAAGGAAAAUAUACACAAUAUAAAUCAAAGUUAAUUGAGCUUCAUGUUCAUGAGCUCAUCAGAGAUGUUCAGAUUAAGUUCAGUGAGUCCUGGCCGCAAUCAAAAAACAUCUGCGUGUUUGAUCUUCAGUGUCUGUCGUCCGGUGAUCCCAACCCCUCCUACAGCUGGAGCGCUCCUCAGAUCCAGACUCAAGGACCUCACCUGAACAUCAGCCUCCGUCCCGCAGAAAACACCACCCUCACCUGCACCGCCAACAACUCCUACAGCGUCAACCACACGACUCAGACUCUAGUGUGCACACAGAGAUCCGAAGAGCAAACGUUCUGUGUACAAAUUAAUACUUAGGAUCUCUAAGUAUACUUUGAAAUAAAUACAGACAAACUAAGUAA